AAGAUUAUGAGCCUUUUUCCCUAUGCUAGCCUAUAGCCAAGUUACAGUAGCCUUGGCUAUGUCCACAAAAAUCGAUAGAAAGGAUAUGACCAAGAAGAGGGCGUAAUAUGAUCACCGGGUCUUGAAUGCAGCAGCAUCUUCAAGUAAUAGCCUAAGCUAGCCUGCGAUAUUUGAAGAAAACUAAACCCCGCGAUGUAUAAGGAUGCUUCAGGACCCAUCCCACUGUAGUCGGAGCUGCAGUCGCUUGCCCCUUCAUGCGCACGCCUUGAACAUAAGGAUAAACCCCGACAUUUCUCCACUUCCCUACAAGCACGUUUGUGGUGCUGAAGUGAAUCAGACACAACUGUUUCGCGAAAUGUGAAGUUGUAAUUUUGCGGGAUCAGAAUAAAACAUUUUGACUGGUUCGUUUCCACUUGAGAUUCUAGCACUGGGGACGUCAGUGUGCAACACUGAAAAUACCGUUUGUGAAGUUGGACAACCAAGGUGAGAAAUAACCGGAAUAUGUCAUGUUUUUGCAAGCCUGCCUUGUUUUAAAUUAUAUGCUCUGGUGUGAUAUGACUGCAGUAUCCUUGAAACAUAAAGGUAGGCUACCUGCUUAGACCAAAAUAUGCCUUUUGAUAGCAAGAAAAAUAACUAAAUCUUGUCCAGAUCAACAUGUGGCACUCUGAAGAUCCAUAGACAUUAUUGUGAUGAAUAAAGCAGCAACUACUGAAAGGAUCAUGUGUAAUAAUUCACACUAAUGGCAUAAAAACAUAUUAUUGUUAACAUGGAUGAUAAAUCCAAUAAGUUGAUUUUAGUUCCUAUUUUAGCUGUUCUUUUUGUAAUGAUAGGCUAUCAAUAUAUAUGUCCAGCUGGCAGCAACUCUUGCCACUUUAAAACUGGGGAAAAUUUGAGAGGGGUCAGUAUACUUUCUACCCAAUAUCGGACAAACGAAGACUUUUACACAGAACUGGAGGAUGACAGCCCUCCGAAAUUGCCGUCAAAAUUCAACUUUACUGAACGAGACCUUCAGCGGCACGUGGAUUUCAACAUCAAAGGAUACGAUGUGAUAGUGUUUUUACACAUUCAAAAGACCGGGGGAACCACAUUCGGAAGGCACUUAGUUAGGAAUAUUCGUUUGGAGCAACCAUGCGACUGCAAGCCAGGGCAGAAGAAAUGUACAUGCCACCGACCAGGGAAAGAGGAGUCCUGGCUGUUCUCUCGGUUCUCUACGGGCUGGAGCUGUGGUUUGCAUGCCGACUGGACAGAGCUCACCAACUGUGUACCUGUCAUCAUGGACAAGAAGGAAGCUCAAAAGAACAAAAGGGACUUCUACUACAUAACCAUGCUGCGUGACCCCGUUUCCCGCUACCUGAGCGAGUGGAAGCACGUGCAGCGUGGCGCCACCUGGAAGACCUCCCUGCACAUGUGUGACGGGCGCUCUCCCACACAGGACGAACUGCCCACCUGCUACAGCGGGGACGACUGGUCGGGCGUCACCCUAACCGAGUUCAUGGACUGCCCAUCCAACCUGGCCAACAACCGACAGGUGCGCAUGCUGGCCGACCUCAACCUGGUGGGCUGCUACAACCUGUCCUCCAUGAACGAGAGCGAGCGCAACCACAUCCUGCUGGGCAGCGCCAUGAACAACCUGAAGAACAUGGCCUUCUACGGCCUGACCGAGUUCCAGCGCAAGACGCAGUACCUGUUUGAGCGGACAUUCAGCCUGCGCUUCAUCGCAGCCUUCACGCAGAUCAACAGCACGCGCGCAGCCAACGUGGACCUGAGCGAGGCCGUGCGCCGCCGCAUCGAGGAGCUCAACUAUCUGGAUGUGCAGCUGUACGAGUAUGCCAAGGACCUGUUCCUCCAGCGCUUCCAAUACACCCGCCAGCGCGAGCACCAGGCGGAGCGUUUGAAGAGGCGUGAGGAGCGCCGUUGGCUCCGUGAGCAGAGGGAGCAGAGCAGGGCCUCACUCCCCAGACGCCGGGGGUACGGGGGCGGAGGCGGAGGUGAGCUGGCCACGACCACUGAAGACUACACCAGCCAGGUGGCCCGCUGGUGAGGUCACACCCCUGACCACGCACACAGAGAGAGGUCACUGGUGAUCACCUACAGAAUAGACUCACAUGGUACUCUCUCUCUCUCCCUCUGUCAAUAUCUCUCUAUCGCUCUAUCUUUUUCUAUCUACUAUCUCUAUCUUUAUCUCUUUCUCAGCUUCAGUGUGAUCCUAGCGCUCUGCUAAAGUUUCUUUCUGGUUAUGAAACUGCCAAGUCUGUGAGUCAGUAUCACAGAAGCUCUGCCUUGGAGUGCCCUUUGGUGUCUUACAUUUUCAAAUGGAUGGUUUAAUGUAUUUAUUUGUAAUGAUUUGUUUUGCUGCUCCUUUGCUUUCCUGCCUCUUAGUCAUGGUUAUUUAUUAUCAUGUAGAUUAUGAUAACUCUUUAAAGACAGUAAAUGAAGCUUAAAGAAGACACAAUCAAAAGACGCUGCUAGUAAUUACUUUUUUAUUGGGACUCUCAAUGUCAAGGGGUGGAUAUCAAUCAGUGUUUUUUUGUUGCAACUGGCUGGAAUAUAGUAGUUCAACAGAAAACAAUAUAAAAGUGCUGAUUCUUGCAUGUCAUGUGUCCAUAUUAUAUUUGAGAAACGGUUUGAGGAUGGAGAGUUACUUCCAAAAGAAAUGAUGAGAGCCAAAGUACACCUACUUAUAAAAUAUUUGUCUUUGUUUACGUAGCUAAUGUUUUCGUAAUAGGACCUUGCAAUUGACAACUUCUCAGAAAUAAGAUAAAAAGUAUUUAAUUUCAUCUUAUCAUGGCAGUUUCAAUUAUAUUUACAUUUCCUCAAACAAAUAUAGUGUAGUUGUAGUCAGUCAAGAUAAUUUCAGAUGUUUUGAUUAUGAUGCAAAAAUGUUUUCUAGGGUGCAAUAUUCAGUAGAGUUCAUCUACAUGCAACACCUUUCAAGUUUCAACUCGGAGGAACUGCUGUUCCUGUUCAUCCACUAUCAGUGUGUUGGAAUGUGAAGUCAAUCAUAGACUCACAAAGAGAGGAUUACCCUGAAGAAAAUCAGCCUGAUUUAUAUUUUGCACUGACCAGACUUACCAUAUUCAUCUUUCACAUUACAAAUGGAAAGAACUCUUCAAGGACAUUUUUUCCAAAAUGUUAAGCUUGAAUUGUUAAAGUAGUCUUCUCCAGAAGGUAGAGAUAACCAGUAGGUAAAUGCUCUAGGUGAGGACUGAGGAGCCAGGUCAGUGUGGUUGGUGUGUGAACUGACUGUCAAUGAGGUGAUCAGCAUUCGGCCCUCGUGCUCACCCCGUCACACUCCAUGGUUUAACAUGUUUGUGGAGCCCAUGCCAACGGCAUUGUGGGCUGUGAGGGGAGUUGUAAUGCUAGCAGAAUAACAGCCUGAGAUGACACGGAAGCAGAAUAAAGUAGGUUCCUGUAGUAGGAAGGAGAUUAAAUGUACCAUAUCUCAUUUCUGUUUGAUUGUCCCCCUCAAAAUACAGGUAACUUCUGAAUGAACAUUAAACAAACAUGAAAGUAACAAAGGAGAUGAAUCUAAUUGUUAAGGUUGAAUUACUUCCAGAUGACUGUGAUGAUGAUAUCAUGUUAGAUUAAAUAUUAGAUUUGCUAUUCUGAUCUGUUGUUCUGUUAUGAACAUUUCAAAUCUCCAAUUACAAUAUUUUUUAUAAAAAUAUGAAUUUGAUGCUGCUUUUAUUUUCACAUGUAUCCUGCUUUUACUUGAUGUAUUCAGAAGAUAUAGGUCUCUCUGAUCACUGAGCACAGUUUUGGUCCAUUAACCUUAACCGAUGAGUGGAAUUGUUUGUUGUUUAAGUAAGUUUGUAUCCAGUUAGUUGAUUUACUGUAAUGUAAUAGUAACCAUUAUCACAGUUUGGGUUGGUAUCCCGAAUCCAGAUUAGGCCUGCUCUUGGACUAAAAAACCUGCUAAAUGGAAAAGCUCUAUUGAAAGUGUGUUUUCAUUCAGGAAUAUGCAACAUCUGUUUGCAGGAAACUGGUCCUUUUGAGUUUUAAAUAAUUGUUUAAGCUAUAAAAUGAUUGGAGUGUGUGUGCGUAUCAUUAUUGUAUAUUGAUCACAAGUUUGCCUGCAAUUUCAAUGAGCCAACACACCAUGUUAAUACAUUGCCCCAGCAUUUUCAAAUCAACAUUAUGGAUACAAUACCACGUUUUUUGGGGGGGUGGGGGUGGAAUGUGCUGUAAAGCAAUCUCCAUGACGAAAACAACAGCUUAUAUUUAUGUCGUUGUUAUCCGCUCAAACUUACAGUAGUGGGAUGUGUAUAUUGACGCAAAGUCUGGAAAGUCUGAAAUGUAUAUUUCAAACCUAUUAUCUUUAUCAGACCAGUGUAAAUAUAGUGAUGAAAUCGAGCCUAAAAAGGGAAUGUCACACUAGAUAUUGUACUGCCAUCCCCAAAGCCCUGUGACAUGCCAUGUUGUGAAAGAGUGAUUUGAAUGAACUUCAACUGCCACUCAAAGUGCACAUCUUUGAAAAACAGGUAAUCUUGCAUUUAUUUAUUACAAACAAGGGAGUUUUGUCUAAAAGGAAAAAGGUUAUAAUACCAUCACUCUAGGGAGAACUUUCUAAAUGUAUGAACCUGUAUGUUCCUGGUCAAAUUAUUGUGUAUGAAAAGGACAGUCUUGAUGCCAUUUGAUGUGUUAUACUUUAUCAGCAAUUUUCUUGUCAGGUCUGCAAAGCUGGGUGAAUACUACUUCAGAUAUUAGAAAUAAAUGCAUUGAACAAACAUGA